AUGAGGGUUGAUGCUGCUGCCUAUUAUCUGGUUGAGGAUGCUGAUAUUUGGUGGACUCAUAACAAGUUUGAUCUGACUACUAAGGUGACUAUGGAUGAGGAAGGAGAAGAGCUCAUGGAAGAGAGAGAGUUUGGUUGGACUGAGUUCAAGAAGGCGAUUCGUGAUGAGUUCUUUCCAGCCCAUAUGAGGAAGAGAAAGAGGACGGAGUUUAAUGAUCUCGUGCAGGGAGAUAUGACCGUUCAUGAGUUCUAUGUGAAAUUCAGGAGUUGGCUCGUUUCGCUAAGGGUGAAGGAGGUGUAUACUCGUGCUUGUAAUGCUGAGAGGAUUGAGGAAAAGAGACUAGCUGCAAAGAAGUUGAAAUCCACUCCAGCAGGGUCUACUCAGGCACAGAAAAGGGUGACACAUCUGGGAGGUUCCAGUCAGCAGUAUUCAAAGGACAACCAGAACUCCACUCCUUCCCGUAGCCAGCCCCAAGGUCAGAUUCAGAGGACUGAUCGGAUUUUCUAUUGCAAACGUUGUAGUGAGAACCACCCUGGCAAGGAUUGUGAUGGUAAUUUGGUGGAGUGUAAUCACUGUAGGAGGAAAGGGCAUCGUGCUUAUGAAUGGAAUGCUGCACCUAAUCGCAAUGGAGGGACUGCAAAUGCUACUCAGGGGCAUAGAGGUGAUGUGAGGAGGAACACUGGGCAGGUUCAUGUGAUGAACCAGACUGAGGCAAACACCAAGGGCAACGUGGUCACUGGUACUUUUUCUAUUCAUUCGAUGUCCGUUUAUGUGCUAUUUGAUUCUGGUGCUUCUCAUUCUUUUGUGUCUGAACUUCUUGUGAAAAAGUUAGGGUUAGAGAACUCUAGGACUUGUGAUGUAGACAUCUCUAUUCCUUCUGGUGUGAUCAUAACUUGUAAUAAUUUGUAUCCAGAUGUCCCUAUUAUGUGUGGUAGUACCACCCUAGUAGCUGAUUUGAUAGCUUUUCCUUUGCAUGAUUUUGAUGUAAUUCUAGGGAUGGAUUGGCUUAGUAGGCAUAAAGCCAAGAUAGAUUGUGAGAAACAAAAGGUGUCUGUAGUUGGUCCUAGUGGAGUCCAUGAGUUUUAUAGAGGGUCUUCUUUGAAAAUCAUUUCUGCUUGA